AUGCAGCUGAGCUUUACUCGAAUCGUCCAUAACCUCGACAUAGCUGGUAGCGGCUGGUGUGACGUCGAGCAUAUGUCUUCGGUGGACGACGGAAAGGUAUCAGCAGACGCGUUUGCAUGCCUUCCACUCAGCGCAAUCAUCAAGAUAGACUCUCUUGAUUAG